AGUUGUUGAAGGGCGUUAUUGGCGAGAUUGAUAUGGAGAAGAUGCGCGAUGCUGCGGACGAGGGUUGAGGGCUGGGGGUGAAAUGGUUCUUGGAGCUUGACCGGAGGCUUCUGCGUUUAGAUUGUGGCUUGAGUUGUCCAAGACUGGUGUUUUGAAUCAGACUUGGAGUACGGGGGGGUUAUAGCAUGCGAUAAUCGCAGCUACACAUAGGUUGUUAGGAUGGUAAUACACCGAGACCUUCAGACUGCACUGACGCGGUGAAUUGACAUACGCAAGACUUGGCUGGUAGUAGCUAUAACUGGCGAAGUGUAGCUUCCAUCCGGUAAAGGAUCAAGCAGGUUCCAUGUUGACAUGAAGUCCUCAUGGCAACAACACUCCAAAGCAUGGAAAGAGUUGAUUGCGAUGUGGAACGUAUAUCCUUCUUCUUCUGAUCUCUGCUCUCCUUUCUUCUCUACACACAGGCACGAUAUCGAACAUUUCUAUUCAAACCGUUACGCCUGUAUUCAUAUCGACAUCAUUUCCAUUGCUAACCCGGCAUUCUUCCAUCCCCAUCAUAACACUCCUCGACCCACCCUUUCUUUCACUUCCACUGCACCCUUCCAGCUCUGGGACUCUUCUCCCUCCCAGGGCCGUCGCCUUCAACAUGCCUUCCUCGAAGCUCAUCUCCCCCGACAUGGAAGCAGCUCUCCUCGACUGCUUCCUCUCAGCCACCCGCCUCCUCCCGCCCCGAUUGCGUUCAUCCUUCGUAGCAAUCGGGGGUGCCGCCAGCGUAUUCCAUGGCUCGAAGUAGUAUACCGACGACGUGGACGUGGCGGCAUCCCUAGAAGCAAUCUUGUGCUUCCAAAACAAGAUCGCGAGCGGCACCACGCAAUUCAAAACUCAAGAUUCGUUGCAAACGAUUGAAUUCCGAAGCCGCCAAGGCUUUAUCGUUAACCUCGAGCUUCUACAAUUCGGUGGCGGCUUCGUGGAUUCAAUCGCCGCUUGCGAACCCUUUUACGAUGGGUUC